CUCUCACUGGGGUUGUCACAGUCCUACAGGAGUUGUAACAUUUAAACUCGUGUUGCGCACAGUGGCAUAGGCAUCUAGACUACGAUCUAGUUGGAAUUUUCACGUCUCAAUGAUUGAACAAGUGAUGUUAAACCACUGGUCGACGAUCUUCAUCGCGAUUCACUUGUCCAGUUAUGAUGGGGCUGCAUUCGAGGUGCGAGUCCUGACCAAUCAGAUGGUAGCAGUACACGGGUCCCCAGCCGUCCUGGGAUGCGCCUUCAGCCCUCCCCCCAGCCUACAAGACGUGGUCAUCACAUGGCAGAGGACGGAGGACAAGCGCGUGGUGCACAGCUACUACUACGGGACUGACCAGCUGGAGCGGCAGAGCCCGGCGUACAAGGGCAGGACGGCUCUGUACCACGGGGAGCUGGAGAGGGGCAACGCGUCUCUGAGGUUGGCGCGGCCGGGCCGGGGAGACACAGGGGGAUACCUGUGCAGCGUCAGCACGUCGCAGGGCACGGACAAGGCUGAGAUGCGGCUGGGUUACGCAGCGGUCUUCUCAGAGCCCCGGCUCAGUAUACUGGCCCACGACUCUAGCUUUACCAUCCGGUACGAGAGCCAAGGCUACCCAGAACCAGAGGUCCAGUGGAAGGGUUGCUCAGAGCAGAACUUGACACACAGCUCGGAGGUGCUCGAGGCGAAGGAGGACCCGGACCUGCUGACGCUGAAGACUCAGGUAGAGGUGGAGAACGUCUGCAAUUUGAGCUGGACGCUCGUCGUGGUGAACCGUCCCCUGGGACAGGUCAUGGAAAGGACGGCCAGCUUCAUAUAUGAUGAUCAGAGAACGCAAGUGGACUGCAGAGGGCCAUUUGCACUCAGUGCCAUGUGUGUAGCUGGCACACUUGCACUCUGCACUUGUGGACUUAUAGUGCUCUGGCGACGAAGGACAAAAAUGUCAAGUGUACCUCAGUGAAGUGUAGCCUACCACCAACUCUGCCCUCUUUGCAGAGCCACCAGGAGUCAAAUGGGUAGAACCCCUGAUGAAUGGAGAAGACCGACCAAUCCAGUUCUGGCUAUGGGGGCAAAAAUCUGUAUGUCUCAUUCAGAAUAGAAGGGGCAAUGUUCCACUCCCUCACACUUGCAUUUGACCAGCAGAGGGCAGCAGAGUGAACCAAGAAAUUCCAUGUUAUUAUAAGAAGUGGAACCACUCAAAUGUUUUAGUCGUUGGAUAGGCCUAUUAUUGUAACCUCUUACUGCAGAUGGGCCUGUCAACCGGCUAGUCACUCUUUGGUGAAAACACUAAACUGCUUCAUACCAGCAUCGCUAUGCCAAUGCAGAGAGUCUUAACAAACUGAUUAAGACAUGUUCAUUUUCGUAGUGAGGAGUCCGCACACUCAAAAUUCCUUUUGUUGUUUUAUUUCAUGGCUGACAAAAUAAUAAUAAUAAUAAUAAUAAUAAUAACAACAACAAAAAGGAUUUUGAAUGUGCAGACUGACUCCUCACUACAAAAAAUACAGUCAGCCUUUGUCCUGCACCUUUUCCUGGGAUGUGCACAAUCUUCAACUUCAACAAGGACUUGUUCAUUACCAUUUUGGUGUCAAUGAGGUUAUAAUGAUGGCCCUGCAGCACUAUUUCAGCAUUCCAGGUGUAAAGAAAGAAGAACAGUGACAUUUCAAAUACCUCUAAAGAUGCAUCACCUCCAUCAUUUCAAGUUGUGGGAUAUUUGCAGAUUGAAAGUUUGAAACUUUAUUUGUACUUUCAUAUUGUGAACUUCAUGGAAACAUGAAUGUAAAUAUUAACAUCACAGAGUUGUAUUUUAAAGUUACAUUUUGAAGUGACUGAAAAUAACAAAUGUAUGAAUGAAUCAGUCAAGAACACUGGACAUGAAUGAUGAUAUUUCAUUCUGUUUAAGAAGUAAUACAACAUGGUGUGUGUGUGUGUGUGUGUGUGU